AUGCCCAUCCUGCUGUUCCUCAUAGACACGUCCGCCUCUAUGAACCAGCGCACUGACCUGGGCACCUCCUAUCUGGACGUUGCCAAAGGCGCUGUGGAGUUAUUUCUGAAGCUGCGCGCCCGCGACCCGGCCAGUCGCGGAGACAGGUACAUGCUGGUCACCUACGAUGAGCCCCCGUACUGCAUCAAGGCUGGUUGGAAGGAAAAUCACGCAACGUUCAUGAGUGAACUAAAACAUCUUCAGGCUUCUGGACUGACUACUCUUGGUCAGGCUCUGAGAUCCUCAUUUGAUUUGUUAAAUCUCAAUAGAUUAAUAUCUGGAAUAGACAAUUAUGGACAGGGUAGAAAUCCAUUUUUUCUAGAACCAUCUAUUUUAAUAACCAUCACAGAUGGAAACAAGUUGACAAGUACAGCUGGUGUUCAAGAAGAGCUUUAUCUUCCUUUGAAUUCUCCUCUGCCUGGAAGUGAACUAACCAAAGAACCUUUCCGUUGGGAUCAAAGGUUAUUUGCCCUGGUGUUGCGUUUGCCUGGAGUGGCUACAACUGAACCAGAGCUACUAGGGAGUGUACCAACUGACGUGUCUGCCAUCACACAGAUGUGCGAAGUCACAGGAGGUCGCUCCUAUUGUGUCAGAACACAAAGAAUGCUGAAUCAGUGUUUAGAAUCGCUAGUUCAAAAGGUUCAGAGUGGUGUCGUUAUUAACUUUGAAAAAACGGGACCAGAUCCACUUCCUGUUGGUGAAGAUGGACUUACGGAUUCAUCUAGGCCAAGCAAUCCAUUUGCUGCUCAACCCUGGCAUAGUUGUCAUAAGCUCAUUUAUGUACGACCAAACUCUAAAACUGGUGUUCCUGUUGGACAUUGGCCAAUUCCAGAAUCUUUCUGGCCAGAUCAGAAUUUACCUUCACUACCUCCACGAACAUCUCAUCCUGUUGUGAGGUUCUCCUGUGUAGAUUGUGAGCCAAUGGUAAUAGACAAACUUCCCUUUGACAAAUAUGAACUUGAACCUUCACCUUUAACUCAGUACAUCUUGGAACGCAAAUCUCCCCAUACCUGCUGGCAGGUAUUUGUUAGUAACAGCGGGAAGUACAAUGAACUUGGAUAUCCAUUUGGUUAUUUAAAAGCCAGUACGACUUUAACUUGUGUAAACCUCUUUGUGAUGCCUUACAACUACCCAGUUUUACUCCCUCUUUUAGAUGACUUGUUUAAAGUUCACAAGCUUAAGCCAAAUCUGAAGUGGCGACAGGCUUUCGACAGCUACUUAAAAACUCUGCCUCCAUACUUCUUAUUAACCAAACUCGAGUCGGAACGAAUACUAGCAUCAGUAGGGAAGAAACCUCCCCAGGAAAUUGGAAUCAAAGUGAAAAAUCAUUCUGGGGGUGGAGUGUCUUUGACUCACAGUCAAAAUUUUAGAAAGCUAUUGAAUGAAAUCACAGGGGAAACUGCACUAAGACUGGCCGAAUUGAGUACCAAAGAAUUUGCUGGCUUCCAAAUAGGGCUCUUAAACAAGGAUUUGAAACCUCAGACAUAUAGAAAUGCUUAUGAUAUCCCACGUAGUGGUCUUUUAGACCAGUUAACCAGAAUGAGAUCUAAUCUGCUGAAAACACACAAGUUUAUUGUUGGCCAAGAUGAAGAUUCACUUCAUAGUGUUCCGGUUGCACAAAUGGGAAACUACCAGGAAUAUCUGAAGACAUUGCCUUCUCCACUUAGAGAGAUUGAUCCAGACCAACCAAAACGACUUCAUACUUUUGGCAAUCCAUUUAAACAAGAUAAGAAGGGAAUGAUGAUUGACGAAGCAGAUGAAUUUGUGGCAGGGCCUCAAAACAAAGUGAAACGUCCUGGAGAACCCAACAGUCCUAUGUCAUCUAAGAGAAGGCGGAGUAUGUCCCUGCUGUUGAGGAAACCACAAACACCACCUACUGUAACUAACCAUGUGGGCGGAAAGGAAUCACCCUCAGCCUCGUGGUUCCCAUCUUACCCAAACCUCAUAAAACCCACACUAGUACACACAGAGGCUACUGUCAUUCACGAUUUCCAUGAAGAGGAGAUGGAAAAUGGUCAAACGGCUCCUGAUGGCUUCUUGUCAAAAUCUCUUCCUCCAAAGCUCAUGAAUAUGGCAGGAGAUCGUAUUCCACCCAACAAAUUGGAAUCUCCGUCUGAUGACUUCACUUGCCUCAGGAAAGAUGGUCUGAUUCACAAACCUGACAGUAAUGCACUUGUAGGAGGAAGUGUAAACUGCAAUCUUUUGAUCGAUGGCCCCAAAGUCACAGCAGUGGCUACUCUGGGAGCUGUGCCAAAUACACUGCAAAUAACUCCUGCUAUGGCACAGGGAAUCAAUGCUGAUAUAAAACAUCAAUUAAUGAAGGAAGUUCGAAAGUUUGGACGGAAGUAUGAAAGAAUUUUCAUUUUGCUUGAAGAAGUGCAAGGACCUCUGGAAGUCAAAAAACAAUUUGUUGAGUUUACCAUCAAGGAAGCAGCAAGGUUUAAAAGACGAGUCUUAAUUCAGUACCUUGAAAAGGUACUAGAAAAAAUAAAUUCUUACCACUUUCUCAACAAAGUUAACCACAUCAACAACAGAUCAUCAUGUUAUCACAAAGAUCAAUGA